AUGGAGAACAGCCUGGGGGAGAGAGAAAGCUUCACCCUAAAGGAGGUCAGAAUCAUCCUGAUUGGUCGGAGAUGGGCUGGUAAAAGCUGCUCUGGUAACACAAUCCUUAGGAAGGAAAGGUUUGAGUGUGGACGAAACAGAACAUCUCAGUCCGAGGUCCGACAUGAACUAGUGGAAGGCAGGCACCUCGUCGUGGUCGAUGCUCCAGGAUGGAACAGCUCACUCUCCCUAAACGAGACCCCACAGGGGGAGAAGCAAAGGUUCAAACUCAAUGUGUCCAAAUGUCCACCCGGCCCACAUGUGUUCCUCUUGGUGAUCCCCAUUGACACAGCCUUCUGUGGGGAGCAGAGGCGGACCCUGGAGGAGCACAUGAAGCUCCUGGGGGAGCGGGUGUGGAGGUACACCAUGGUGCUGUUCAUAUGUGGGGAUUUCCUUGGGGGGAAGACGAUCGAAGAGCACAUUGAGAGUGAAGGCGACGCUCUCAGCUGGUUGGUGGAGAAAUGCAGAAACAGGUACCACGUUUUCAAUAACAAGAAGAGGAGCGACUCGCUCCAGGUGACACAGCUGCUGGAGAAGAUAGAUGAGAUGGUGUGGUACAACAACGGCAGUUACUAUGAGGUUGACGAACAAACACUGAUCAUCAUUCAAGAGAAGCAACAGGAAGUGGCUGAAAGAGCUCAGCAGAGACAAAGGAAGGCCGAGGAGCAGAGACAGCAAAUGAGAGAACUCCUUUCAGAGGAGGUGAAAAUCAUCCCAAAGCUCCAGAUGAUUCUCUUGGGAAGUAAAAGUGUUGGGAAAACUUCAGUAGGGAACACCAUCCUGGGAAUCAAAGAGCAAGAUGAUGGAAAGAGAACAGCUCACUCCGUGGUCCGGCAGGGUUUUGUGGGAAAAACUGAAAUCACUCUUGUUGACACACCAGGUUGGUGGAAAGGCUUCCCUGUGUGUGACACUCCUGCAGCCAUCAGAGAGGAACUGGUGCGCAGCAUGUUUCUGUGUCGCCCUGGGCCUCAUGUCUUCCUGCUGCUGAUAGAUUCUGAUGCAUCCUUUAACAGCGGACACUUGGAAGCAGUGAAGACACAUAUGGAGCUUCUCGGAGAAGGAGUCUGGAGACACACCAUUGUUGUUUUCACCAGAGGAGACUGGUUGAGAGCACACAGCAUAGAGGAGUACAUCGAAGGCGAAGGAGAGGCCUUGCAGUCCCUGGUUGAAGAAUGUGGAAACAGGUAUCAUGUCAUUGAUAACAAGAACCCAGAUGACGGUACUCAAAUCACAGAGCUGCUGGAGAAAAUCACCGGGACUGUGGCCGAAAACAACUGGGAGUGUUUUGUCCCAGAUGAGGAGAAAUACUUGACCAUAGAAGAGAAUAGGAGAAGAGUGGAAGAAGGAGCCAGGCUGAGGCAAAGUCAAGCCCAGGCAAAAACAAAAGCCCUUGAAGGUUCAAGGAAUAAAUUACAGGCCCUGAGGAUGGUGAUGCUUGGUCAGAAAACCUCUGGUAAAAGUGCAACAGGAAACAACCUACUGCGUAAAGAAGUGUUUCCGACCUGUCAGAACAAGGAGUGUCAUGUGGAGGAGGCAGAGGUGGCUGGCAGACAGAUCACAGUGAUCGACACCCCGGGUUGGCGGAUGAAGCCCUCCAUUGGUACUGAUGAUAUAGAUAAGGAAAUAGUCCGAGGUAUAUCCCUGAGUCCAUUAGGGGUUCAUGCCAUUCUGUUGGUUGUCCCUUUGGACCUUGCGUUUGGAGAAUCCCAGCAGGUCGCCCUGGAGGAACAAAUGAGUCUCUUUGAUCCCAGUGUCUGGAAGCAUGCGAUUGUUCUGUUCACGUAUGGAGACACCUUGGCAGAUAAAUCAGUAGAAGAGCAUAUUGAGAGGGAGCACAGAGCUCUGCAGUGGUUGGUAGACAAGUGUGGAAACAGGUAUCAUGUCAUGAGCAACAUAAAGAAGAAUGACACCAGGCAGGUCACGGAGCUGUUUGAGAAGAUCGAGGAAAUGGCGGCAGAGAACAGCGGCCGGCUGUUCUGUCCCGAUAUGAACGACAUCCGAGACAGACUCAUGGAGAAGCUCAACAGGAGGCACAUCACACAGGUCCUGAGGCAGGCCUUUGAGGAAAAGUACAGAAAGAGAGAGCUGGAACUGAUGACGGGAUUCAGGGAAAUGCUCCGCAAGGUACAAUCUGAGAUCAGAGGAAGUGGGACAAGCUUUUCAACCAGGUCAUCAAACCUGAACAAGUGCAAAAUAAAGGGCAUCGGUCAGAGCAAAAAAGAAGAGAAAAGAGAAAGCCUGGACACAAUGAUCCAUCAGGAACUAGAAAAUCUAAACAAGGAAAUCAUGAUAGCCACUGAACUUCUUCGGCGUAGCAUGGACUUCAAUCCCCCAGACCUUUCAGGAGAAAGCUCAGAAACUUCUAUUCCAGACUCAGAGGGAAGACCGUCAAAAAGCAGCUUCAGUAAAGUCGCCGGUUGGCUGUCCAAGCUCCAGAUCACCACGAAUGUUGACAACCAGCUGAGCCUCAACUUCUCUCAGUCAUCAGGAUACAGAUCUGUGCUGCCCAAAGACUUUAACAUGGAAGUAGAUAUCACUGAAUGA